CGGCCCAUUCUUUUCUUUGUCGUACCAAACCUCCCUUUGUUCCAUCUCGCCACUACCAUCACUCGCGCCAUACCAUACAAAGUCUUUGUUCACGCCCAUCUUUACCGUGUUCUAGCACGCGAUACCAGUCUUCGCGAGCCAUGAUACCGUGAUGCUAAACCUACAUUCUCUCACCGGUACUACGAUGAUCCAAAAACGACGAGCCAAUCACAUCUGCAGCCAUCCAUGCGACUCAUACGCAAGGAGACGCUCUCGAAUGAUAAAAGCCGCCACUCUGAGGAUAUAUGUUCCUCCACAGAUAUCCGAUGCGAGACGCGCACGAAAUGUCGCGACGAUGGAGGCGUUGAGUCUGGAUAGGAGUGCUGAAGCGGAGAGGGCGUGGAUGUUGAAAAUCGCGGGGUACAGAAAAGAGGCGGAGAAGGGGGAUAUACCCUUUCCAUUGAAUGUAUCCGGCUACGAAGCGUUGGAAGACUGGGAGGUAACGCGGUCGGAAGGAGAUGUCGAGGUAUUGGACGGAUGUUUGGCUAGUAUGGGUUACACUGGCGUCCUUGCCUCCCUGAAGAGUGAUGAGAGGAGCGAGACAAAAUUCUCGCCAGCCUCAAAACGACUAGCUGCCAGAACGAAGCGACUCAAAGCGAUCCAGCAACGAGAAGCAGACCGGCAGUACCUCGAACACAUUGCGGACCUACGGCAGCAAGCUCUCCCCAUGGGACUUGAGUUUCCCGUAGGCGUCCCAGGUUGGGAAGAGGUCCAUCCUUCCGAGCAACAGCUUAUAAUGUGGGCAGCCUAUACGAAUCAAGCAAACGACAUGUCCGAGAAGAGAAGGAAAAAGGCGCCACGAGGAUCCCGGGGCUCCAAAAUCACGUGCACUCCCGAGAAGCAAGCCCGAAAAGAACGUUACGCAGAGUUGAAAGAAGAGUUUGAAAAAUCAACAUGGGAAGAGAGAGUACGUGAAAUUGGAGGCUCCAGAUACGCUAUCUUGCGUGCCGGAGGGAAGUGGCCGGAAGAUGCGACAUACGAGGAAGAUGAUGAAGAGUUGAAGGAGCUGGCGGAGGAGUUCGAGUAUCAAUGAUGAGACUUGUCGGUAGCCGUAAGCACACGUUGAGUUGAUCUCGUGGGUCGUCUUGCUGUGCCUUCCUCCGAAGAUUAGUCAUUCUCCGCUCAGCCAAUCAGAGGCCACGACGUCGACUCAUCCUGAGCCGAGCGCCAUCCGUCUUAGCAUCGCACAU